AUGAAUUCAAAAACCACAACGCACCGCGGACCUUUCGAAAAUCGUACCAACGGUCCCUACCUUAUCACAAUGACUCCUUCAACUGCUAAACCUCAUUACCAAAAGUCAGAUUUAGAAAAUAACACCAAGCCUUAUGAAACUCGCCAACAAGGCCGUUGGAAAGUCCCAUACAAGCCAGCUGAGCCUAAAAAGCAAUUAGAAGUUAUUGACUGUCCUCUUUCCAAGCAGCAGCUUCGUGAUUUCAUGAAACCUCUAAAAGACCUAGAAUCUCAAGGUUUUUAUCCCGUUUUCCACGCUGCUUGUGAUAAACUAAAAAAUUCUCCCCAAACGCUCCAUUGGAGAGUCUUCGUUGAGCUCGCAGAUUUAGCCAAAAGAGACAACAAGAUCGAUGAAGCCCGAGCUUUAUUUGCAAUGGCCACACAAAUACAGCCUUAUGCUCACCAAAGCUGACUCGAAUACAGCAAGCUUGAAGAAGAAUGUGGAAGGAUUGAGCUUUCUCGCAAAUUACUGAUUCUCGGGCUCCAUUUUUGCCCGUUAAGCGACCAAUUAGCAGUUAAAUUUAUAAAAACUGAAGAAAAAAAUAGCGAGCUUGAUGCCGCCAGAAUGGUUUUAAGUAGCCUGAAAUCUUAUCCUUUAGAUAAAAACUGGAAAAUUCUUAUGGAAGGAGCAUUGAUGGAAGCCAGAUCUGGCAGUAUAGAAAUAGCAAGGAGCAUUUUUAAUCAUUUAAUGGCUCAAUGUGGGAAUUUCGGAGCGAUAUUUUGGCUCAGCAAAUUUAUCCAAAACAUCAGGAAGCUGGCUUUGAGAAUUUCUGAAAGUCGUUUUAGCAAGAAAACCAUGAAGUCUGUUUUUGGAAAAAAUAGUUAAGUCGAAUAAAAAUAAACUUUUAAUAGAAAAAUUUUAAUCGACUUGCAAUGGUUUCAUUUAAUAGACAUGGAUAAAUGGUAUGAAGUCGGAGAAGCAAAAUACUAGCGUGACUGAGAAAUGAAAAAUAGCAGAGUUUGAGAUAAGAAAUCUGCAUAAGUCGCGAUCUUAGGUUAUCGGCAAGUUGGUGCUAAAAAUUAACGGAAAUUUUGAUGAACCCUACCAAGUCUUCAAUAUAUAAUAAUAAUUUUUACGUUUUAUCACGCCCAAGGCGUCUUAAUUUUUUGCUUUUCGUAAUUAUCUUGAUAAAUUCCUUAGCAUGAGCAUCAAUUUCGUCAACCUGACUCCUUGUCAAUUCCAGUUCGUUCUUUUUUUCUUCAUAUCUUCAAGAAUCCAGCACAACAUCCAUCAAAUUCAAAUCUUCAUCACUAUCUAUGUAUGUCUUCAAAUUCAAGUCUUCAAUAUAAAACCAAUACAAGUCGAGUAAUUAAAAUAUGAUCAGAUCAAUUAAUCUAAAUUUUAAAAAAAAACACCAUUUUCUUAUAUUUUUUCGAUAAUGUAAAAUAUAUAUAAAUUUCAGUGUCAUAAUUAUGAAACCAUUUAUAGUAGAGAAAUUAAAACUGUAGCAAGUAGGCUAUGAGAAAUAUUAGGAAGUCGUUGCGAGUUUUAGUAUCCAAUAAAAUAAGUAUAGUCGAUUAAAAAAUAUAAUUAAAUUAAAAUUUAGAGAUAUUUAAAAUUUGUAUCAAUGAGUCUAUUCUUUCUGGUAUAUUUUUUAGUUUGAGAAGCCAAAUAAAAAAACAUACAGUAAUUAUCCAAAUCUUUUUCAUUUUUUGGGCGAAAACCAUUUCUAUAAGCCUUUAGUCUUUUUAGCCUGCUCCAAACGUUUUCAAUAUGAUUAGUUGUUUGCCUUCCAAUUCCAAAGUCUUGAUUAUGAAAAACAAUUGAAUGGCGAUAUCCUAAUGUUGGAAGCUAUCUGUAAGCUGCUCAGCCAUCUGUAAAUACUUCUGUAGCAUUCGUUUGAUCGUUUGAUACUGCAUUUAGAAUAUAUCCUGAUAAAUUUUCCCAAGUUCUAUCGUUGCUUACAUAGUAAAAUCUAUAGUCUUCUGUUCCUCUGUCAAAAAUUCCGAAUAGCCUUUUGGGAUCAUGAUCCAUAGUCAUAAUAUGAGUUUCAUCAAGUUCUACAGUUGGAUAAUCUUGCCCAUCUUCAUCUUCUAUUCCAAGUUGAUUAUAAGUAAAAUAAAUUUUCAAUACCAUGUUCACUUAUUAAAGCUCUCAGCUUUUUAAACAGCUUUAUAAAAGCAUCUUUUGAUAUUUUAUGUCUUCAACAAUAGUUAUCAUGGACUGUUCUCGGACGAAACAAUGGAAAAUUAACCUAACCAUCUUGCUUAUUGAUAGUCUUGAUUGGGAAAAUAUGGAUCUUCUUCGAAUUGAAAAAACUUAAAUUGCAUAAAGUACAACGUAGAAACAUAGAUCCUCCAUUUCAAUAAGAGAGGGCAUGGAUUAUGGCAUAUAUCACAAAUGUUUGGCUGCAUUAUUUUCACUUCUUGGCACCAAUUUAUUGCGUUAUCUUCAGUUCUGAGUAUCUCUGCGAAAUUGCCGUAAAGAGGGUGAGUAAAUCUUGGAUUCAUAUUUAAUUUUAUAUGCCUUAUUUUUAAGACCGCCAAUCAAAGAUUUUAAUUUAAUUAUAUUUUUUAAUCGACUAUACUUAUUUUAUUGGAUACUAAAACUCGCAACGACUUCCUAAUAUUUCUCAUAGCCUACUUGCUACAGUUUUAAUUUCUCUACUAUAAAUGGUUUCAUAAUCACGACACUGAAAUUUAUAUAUAUUUUACAUUAUCGAAAAAAUAUAACUCCCCCCCCCCCCCCCCUCCGUGAGCGAACAAAACCAUUAGAAAAAUCGCCAUUUUUUGACCAAAAACCCACCCUCCGUGAGCGAAACAAAAAUAUUUUUAAUAGAAAAAAUUUUAAUAGAAAAAAAUUUUGCUAUAUAAGUGAUAAUUAGUAUAAUGAAAUCUAGAGCUAAUUCUGUUUAAUUUUAAACAAAUUGCGUUUUAAAACAUAAAUUUUGCAAAUUAAAUUAGUAUUUGCUUCCCAAUUUUUGCAAAUUAGGAUUUUUUUUAAAUUUCGAAAAAAAAUUUUUUAUAAAAUUUAUAUAUAAAUUGUUUUUUAAAAAAAAAAAAAUUAACCCCCCUCCGUGAGUGAACAAAAUUUUUUUGUUCGCUCACGGAGGGGGGGGGGGGAGUAAGAAAAUGGUGUGUUUUUUUUUAAAUUUAGAUUAAUUGAUCUGAUCAUAUUUUAAUUACUCGACUUGUAUUGGUUUUAUAUAUGAAGACUUGGUAGGGUUCAUCAAAAAUUUCCGUUAAUUUUAGCACCAACUUGCCGAUAACCUAAGAUCGCGACUUAUGCAGAUUUCUUAUCUCAAACUCUGCUAUUUUUCAUUUCUCUCAGUCACGCUAGUAUUUUGCUUCUCCGACUUCAUACCAUUUAUCCAUGUCUAUUAAAUGAAACCAUUGCAAGUCGAUUAAAAUUUUCUAUUAAAAGUUUAUUUUAUUCGACUUAACUAUUUUUUCCAAAAACAGACUUCAUGGUUUUCUUGCUAAAACGACUUUCAGAAAUUUCUCAAAGCCAGCUUCCUGAUGUUUUGGAUAAAUUUGCUGAACCCGAUAUUUUUAGAAGCUGUGAAAUUUGAAGAAAGAUGGGGCAAAGAUAUAUAUUCUGCACUUGAUAACUGUGAGAAAGGAUUAGCUAGAAAUCCAAGGUAUGGGCCAUUGUGGUUUUCAUAUUUAAGACUGCUAGAUAAAAUUGAAUUUUUACAAAGCCAAGGAUCUGCUGCUAGAAUUCCAAACCACGAAGUUUCUAGAAGAAAACUUGAUUUGAUUGCAAAAGGAGAAGAAUCACUUACAAAAGAACUUGUGUGGAAGCUUUAUUUAGAAUAUGCUUUAGGGCUCGAAAGAGCUGGGAAACUAGAAGAUUGCAGAAGAUAUAUGAAAGACGCUGUUGUUAAUUGUCCUGACAAUUUAAGAUGGAAAGCUUGGAUGGUAGGCGCCAGAAUUGAAUUGAAGGCAGGGAACUAUAAAAUAGCUAUGAAUAUUCUUAAUCAAAGCUUAAAUGAAGUCCCUUGUAAACAGAAAUCCAUUGUGCUUGUUGAAAUGAGCAAAGCUUAUGAACUCAUACAAAAUAAAGAAAAGGCCAGAGAGCUUAUGAUAGAAGCUUGUGAAAACUCAAAACAAGACUGAAAAGUCCACUUAGAAUACAUCACAAUGGAAAUGAGGAACUCAGACUUUUCAAGAGCUACACAAAUUGCUAAAGACUCCAUAGUAAAAUAUUCUAAUACUGGCAGACUAUGGUCAGCAUUAAUACAGCUUCAGCAUACUGAUAGAAAAUUAAUUGAACAAAAAUUACAUUUCAAAGGAUUUUUAUUAGCCUUAAAAGAAGUCCCUAAAUCAGGCGAAGUUUGGUGUGAAGGGGCUAGAUUAAGGCUAAAUCCAUUUACAGAAUACUAUGACUUAGAUUCAGCUGAUUAGAUUAGAUAAGUUCAGUUCUAUCGGAUCUCAAGGAAUUAUUUCAUCCACUACCUAAGGCUCGAGUGACCCUAAUCAAUUGCUGUCACACAAUGCCAUUUAUGUCAACACUAAAAAAAUUGGUCUGAAAAAAGCCUUUCAUGGAUUACUGACCAGGGAAACCCAACUCUGACUAUCUAAGAAGAUGGGAUUAAUUACCUAGGCUGCUAUCAAUUCACCAGUCAUUACAGACCUAUCUCAACUCACCAUCAUUAAAAAAGUAGCUUCAGCUGAAGAUUAUUUAAAUUAUGCUAUACAGUUUACACCUCAAUAUGGAGACUCUUUCAUAGAAAUGCUGAGAGUUUAUAUGCUUAAAGGGACAUUUGAGAAGAUUUCUGAGCUUAAAAGAUUAUGCAUCAAUGCAGAUCCUAAUUAUGGAAUGCUAUGGUUCUUUUGCAAGCAGAACCCUCUGGAAGGGCCUGCUGAAGUCUGGAAAAGAGCCAAAAAAUUAGUUAAAGAAGAGCUGUGCGCGAUGAAAUUAGCUUAUGAUCACCCGAAGCCGAGAGAAGAAUUGUAUAUUGAUUGUAUGUGGAGCGGGCUUACACAAGCCAAUUGGACAUAUUCCAGAAGCGAUAAUUUAGACUUGAAUGGAAGAUGGAGACUUAUAUAUGGAAGCGAAAAUAUAACUAUUUAA